AUGUCGCUCGCCCAACUCGCCGACAUCUUUGCGAAUGUCGAACUCACAAAGUACUUUUCAGCUAUUGGAUUCACUAUUCUCUUAUACGAUUCCCUCCUUACCUUUGGUGAUGAGGUAAGACUACUCUGGGACGAGCGCUGGACCAUUGUCAAAGUACUCUUCUACGUCAAUAGAGUGCUUAGUUUCUGGUUCAUCUCCAUCAACACCUAUCACCUCACAGGCUUUGCUCCCCCUUUCUCCCAAACAUUCUGUCAAGUCCUCAUCCUCACUACUGGCUACGGCGCCAUUAUUUGCUUUGGUAUGACCAAUUGGCUACUGUUGGCCAGAGCAAUCGCCCUAUGGGGGAACUCUCGCCACGUUGUUUGGACCAUGACCAUGUUCUUCCUCGUCAGCUAUUUGGCAACGAUUACAAUGGCCACAGUCGCCAGUCUACAGUUGACACCAAAUAUUUUCUACUCCCCGGCAUCCAAGACAUGUGCCGUCCUCAUCCGACCGACGACAUUUGGAGCGAUUUGGGUACCAUCCGUGGUAUUCGAGAUGGUCCUUUUCGGACUUCUCUUGACCAAACUUAUUCAACACGCUCGUCAAACCUCCGCGGGUCUCACUACGCGUCUCAUACGUACUCUUUACCGGGAUGGAAUCACAUAUCUCGUUGUGAUUCUGACAUUGAGACUCUUCAACUUGAUCGCAUGGGCAUCUCUACCUCUAUCGCUCAUCUAUAUUGGCAUAUUCUUACUUUGGUCGUCCACCACCGUAUUACUCACUCGUAUGCAUCUCAAUUUGAAAGCUAUUGGAGCCACGACUUCAUUUGACGAGCAAAGCAUCGAUGUAAUUCCACCAAAUCGUGAUCUGAAAGGCAAGGGUCGCGUCCCCAUCGAAAGCAUCAAAGUCAGUCCAGAUAUCGAAUUUGCUCAUCCAUCAGCCACUCCAACAGACACGAUUCGCUACACGAUAAGCCUGCCUGGACCAGCUAUCCCAAUAAGCUUGACUGGCCCAAAGGCAAGAGUUCCUACAGAGGAGAGGGAGAUUUCGGGUGUAGCAGAGAUGUCUAAUGGUCGACGAUGGAAGCUGCCAAAUCUUGUCUCGGGAAAACGAUCUAAAAGGCGUGAUGCGGAGAGUGGGCAGAGCUUUGAGCUCAAUAGCAACAUCUUUCCUGGCGGAACGAGAUUUGACCCUGAUGAAGUCGAUGGAUACUACGAACACACGUAUACACGACGCUCGCUCAGUCAGAGUGUUGGCUCGCACAUGAGCACAAGGCCGCAGGAGCCUGUUCCUGCUCUCCCUCCCAGUCGCCGCUUCUAA